AGGGACACGCACAUCCAACUUCCAUUGAUGUCCACACCCGUUCUCCGGAUAUUUGUUAGCUCGAGCUUCGCUGUGGUUUCGUUCUGGGUUUGUCCCAAGAUAGCAAAAUACCGUCACGUCCUGUCCUGUCCUGUCCUGUCCUGUCGUUUCGUGUCUCCUCUCCCUCCUCCUCCUCCUCUCUCCCCCCAUCAGAAUCCGCGAGUGUUUUUCGGCCACACACAGGUUCGUCGAUCGUUCUCGGGGAAAGAAAGAAAGAAAGAAAGAAAAGAAAGAAACCGGGUCGCUAUGGGUCUGUUCCUUUCCAGGAACCUCGUGAACUUCCUCCUCUCCUUCUCGGCCAAGAAGAUGCCCGUCAAAAUCUUCCCCGUCCAGAUUGAGGACGUGGUCUCCCUGGUCUCCCGCACGGGCAGGCAUUUGCAGCGCUACGACAAAGGCUGUCGCCAAGUCGUCGGAUGCAUACCCUACAGAUACAAGAAGACCGACCAAUCAUCUGGCGGUGGGGGUGAAGAAUUGGAGUUUCUUGUCGUUAGCUCACAGAAGGGCAAGGGAAUGAUGUUUCCCAAGGGAGGAUGGGAAAUGGAUGAGACUAUAGAGCAGGCCGCUUUGCGCGAAACAACAGAAGAAGCCGGGGUUACGGGCACUCUCGAGUGUAAAUUGGGUAAAUGGCAAUAUAAGAGCAAAAGCAAUGGCAGCUGUCAUGAUGGCCAUAUGUUCCCUCUACUCGUUAAGAAGCAACUCGAUUCUUGGCCGGAGGAGCAUAUCAGGCAAAGACGAUGGGUGUCGGCCGACGAAGCGAAAGAAAUGUGUCAACAGCUGUGGAUGAAGGAAGCUCUUGAAUUAUUGGUUCAAAGACUGUGGCAACAACAAAAUGGGUAUGCAGCUGAAAGACAACGUGCAUAGAACGUGUCUCGUGGCCUUCAAAGUGCUUUGAAGAUUAGAAAUAGCAAAACUGUAGAUGAGAAGGUUUUGCUCAAGAGCCAUGAAGGCAAGGUCUAUGAUCAUCAGAUAUGAGGAACGUGAAUUAGGGUGGAUGGUGUCCCCCUUUUUUUUCAUUUUAAUUAUUCCUUGAUUCUUUUAGCAUGUUCAACUUCUAGUGGUAGGUUCAGAGCAGCGAAACCAAUGAAAUUGGUGGGAGAUCCCAUGAAAUGUGGAUCCUUUUUAGGGAGAAUCUUUUGUACAUGUAUAGAACUUGCCCCAUUCUUUAAUUCAUUAUAUCAUUUAAUCUCC